AUGAAAGUGGCGCCGAAUGAAAUGUGAUGAACGUGAUAAACUUCGCGAACCGGCUAAUGUGAAAUCCUGUGCGAACCAAUUACGCGAAAGGCUUUACAGCGUGUUUGCCAGUGGCUUCCAAAGCAUGUGCAGGAGUUUUUCUUGGUAUGGUUCUGUAUAGAGCGAAAAAUUCUUCAGCUAACCUAUCCUUGUGAGACUGGCAGAAGGUCGACUGCACAAAUGGAAUUUAAGCAUCCAGACUCCCUGACAGCGCUUUCAGCAAUAAGAGAAAUACAAGAAGGCUCCAGCCAAGUGACUGAACCCCAAGAUGAACAAACGUCUCGCUACAGAGAGAUCUUGGACAAUAUUCUUACUUCUUUGUUGAACGACACCGAGAAAGCGUUCGCAGAUGCUGAGCAGACGCGUCCGGUGUUGGAGCGCUUGCUCGAAUGCGUCCAACACUGCGCCCAAGCGUUACCAGUAUUGUUCCUGCCACAGGAAAGCAGUGAAGCGGGUUCCACUGAACAGAGUGCCUUGCGCUUCAGCGAAAGUCUUAUUGGAAGGCUGCUCAUGCUGAUGAGCAUACCUGGUCUUGGUGUGCUCUCUGGACAUUGCUGCCGAGUUAUUGAAUCGCUCUUGACCUUGUACAAGCGUCACAACAUGAGGCUUUUGCUCCAGUUCCUGGACAAUCUGCUCGAAGUCUUUGUUGAUGUCUACCAAUUCUGUGUACUGAAUGGUGGCACUGAAAUGGCCACAUGCCACUUUGGUGUCACCCUUUCGUUCGCUGGCCAUAAGAAUGUGAAGAGGUCAAGAGCCGAACAGGGCAGCAUCCACAUCUCCCUGCCUGAUGGUGGCUGUGCUUUGCUGCUUUCACUGAUGAAGCUUCUGGUGUUCUUAGCUGAUGACAUGGUUGCAUUUGGAAGUGGUCGCAGACUGGGACGGGACAGGCUUGUUCGCUCCCUUUGCGGGCUGCUGAGUGCAGACAACACUGAUCUUGUGGAGGCGAGCCUUGAAGCACUGAAUGCUUUUCUGAAGCAGUAUUACCCUGUGACAGAGAACACUGAGACAGAAGUCCUCCUGAACGUUACAUGGCUUAUUCAUUGUGUAUCAACAGAUAGCAUAGCCUUAACAUCUUCUGGAAUGGACCACUUGGUAGACUUUUUGAAGACCGUGGCAAACAUACAGUUGUCUCCAGGGGCUACAGAAGAGAUCCUUCUGGGAUUGUCUAAGGUCAUGCAGAACUUGCAGAAACAUCCGAAUUUACUGGGUGCCUCAACACAAUUGUUUAGCAUAUUUUCAGCAGACUCUGGCUGUUUGCCCCUGGACUAUGUGUUGCAAAAGUUGCAAGAAAAUCUGACUCCUUUGCUGGAGGCUGCAGACACCAACAUCGUUUCAAGUAAAACCUAUGUUGGUGUCCUGACUAUGGAAGUCAGCAAAGCUCUUGCCAAAUCGGAAGGUGGCGAAGAAAAUGUGCGGCACUCUCUCAUUGCCAAGACACUACGAGACAGUUUUGUUGGAAUCAAGUUGGACAGGCUCCUGUAUAUACGGGACACUGGCCUUGAUAGCCUGAAGAGGGUGGCCAUCUGCUUAGAAGCUCUGCAAAUAACUGUGCUUCAGUUGUUGCAACCUUCUGCUCUCUCCAACUCACAAAAUGAAGCAAAAGCUAUAGCAGCUGAGAAAGCAACCAUGCGUGUACAGCUUAAUGUCAGCAGCGAGCGGAUGGUGUUGGCUCUGCUCAAGGACUGCCUCGAGUGUCGCUUGGAUGAUGAGCGGCUAUGCAACGUUUUCCACAUCCUUGUGCUCCUCCUGAGAUGUCAAGAAGUACCAAGUGCAAGUGACCUCCUCAGCUUCUUUCCCGCCAUUGCAGUAGCAUGGAACACCCGAUUUGGAAAGGUGCCUGGCCUUGAGUCUUCAGGUACAAAGCUUCAGUUUGAAGGAGAAGGGUCUGACGAUCUACUUUGUGCAAGUCUAACUGUAGCCAGUUUUCUGCCACGUGGAACGUUCAACGUGGAGCCCUUGCUGAGCCAUGCACUUACUGCAGGAUCGAUCGAAGUUCAGAGGGCCGCCGCACGGCUGUUGUGCCACUGCAUCUUGCGGCGGAAUGCAUCCACUGCUGUGGUUCAUACCAUCAGCUCAGUCAUCGAGAGAGCGCCCGAGCCAAAUUUGUUGUCAUGGGUCGACUGCAUUCGGGACCUCUGCUGUGUCUUGUCGGGAAAGGCCAAAAGCUUUCAAGUUGGAGAUGACUGGCAGCAGCCAAUUGCUGUAUGCUGCUUUGCGUGUGAAGCAGAAAGCCGGUCACUAAUUGCUACCUUGAGUGACAGCAAAUACAUGUGUGAUUGCAUCAUCAAGCUGUGCACCUCGAGUCACAGUUCCAUUAGGGAAGCCAUGGUUUCCCACUUGCCAAGUGUCCUUUGCCACCUGCACUUGGAUGAUGCUCUGAUUGCAAGUCUGCUUGACCUUUUGGAAGAUGCUGACUAUACUGUCAGGAUGAAGUUUGGGAAUCGGCCCCUUAAAGUGCUGAUGUCGAGAGGCGACCCCAGUGUCCGUGACACCAUUGUGUCACGGUUGAAGCAGACUCUGAACAAUGCUUGGCAGUCGGAAAAUGCUCGCCUGCAGGACACAUUGCUCACGGCAGUUGGCUGCAUAGGACAAGACGCCAAGGAUGAAGACUCACAGGCGUUCGCUUUGCUAUGCCUGCUGCAGCACCUGCUGUGCCGCACAGCAGGCAUUGCUGACAUUGCACGGGAGCAGCUUGUAGAGUUAGCGGAGCAUACAGGUUCCACCACAAGCAUCUUGUUGAAGAAAUUUCGACCACUCGUGGGAAAGUUUCUGUUUGACAGCAUGAUCAAGGCGUGCCAUGAGCGUGGUUUCUCAGUGAAUGCAUUCCUCGGCAACCUGAUUGGCAUAUUCGGCUCCACUGAUGUUCGGAACUUUCUCAUUAGCAUGCUUCGGUUCCUGCUGCCCCCACUGGUUCUCCAAGCUGAGCCCGUGUGCUCUCGCCUGUUGAAGGGAUUUGCCAAAGAGAUUAAGUCGGUCCGUCGAGACCUGCUAAUGACCAACUUCAAGCACAUCUUCCCUUACCUUGUCUGCCAUGCUUCAGGAAAUCAGCUGGCCACUGCCCUGUCAUUUGUCGAGGCAGAGACGGGCCUCCGCAUUGGCAAUGUCCUUCGGUUUGACUUCCAGCGUAUCUUGAAUGAGCUUCUGUUCCACCUCGGCAGCCAUUACGAGCAGGUGCAUGAUGGCUUGUUGGUAUUGGCCAGGGAAGAUGGUUUUCGUCCCAUCCGUUCCACCAAAGAUUUGGCGGAGUUCCUCCAGCCAAGACUACUUGGUUUCCUGACGUUUUUCGACCUUCAACUUGUGAACAAAAAUAUUCCCGAUGACAAGAAAAAAGAGGCACUCAGGAGCCUGGAGUGCAUUCUUCGUCUUAUGGGCCAGCAGCACGUAACAGCACUUAGAAUGAAGCUAAUGGCAACCUUGAAGUUGGCAUUACGGCUCAGUCAUGGAGAAUUCCCAUCAAUCAACAGUUGUGUUUGGAACACAUUCAUUCAUAACCUCGAGCCGGCAUCCACAGGUCCACUGCUAAGUCAGAUAACUGCCACACUGUUGCCACUGCUCAAGUUGGACCCAGAAGGUGCAACAAACAUCUUCAACUUUCUCUUUGUUGACAACAGGGAGCAGCACAUGAGCUUCUUUCAUGACCUUCACUUCAUUUCUGAAGUUCCAGAACUGGAGCAUGUUCAGCACACUGUGGCAACACCAGACAGCCAAGGAGAGAACAACCUGAGUAACAUCUUGGGCCACUGCUUGCAUGGUAUUGCACAUGAAAACCUUGAUGUUCGGGUGCUAGCUUUGGGAAAGCUGAAGAAGGUGCUCUCAGCUAAUCAGAGCAAGUUGGCACAGCAUUUGCUUACACGGGAGUCAGUGGAUCCACUUGUUUCCAAGCUGAUAGUUCAGCUUCUGAGUGGGUGCCGGGAAGCCGAUUCCAAAGUGCAUGUCCUUCUGGCUGAAUGCUUCGGAGAACUGGGAGCAAUUGACCCUGGCAUGUUGGAACUGAAGCUUUUGAGAACUGAGAAAGCGGUUGCCGUCCACAGUGGAGUUGAUGACAAGAGCUUUGCAAUUGACCUGCUUCAACGCCUGUGCCGCUCAUAUCUUGCAGCUGAAGACAGCAGAGUCCAGGACUGUUCUUCAUACGCCAUUCAAGAGACUCUAAAAAUCUACAAGUGUAGUGAAGCAAAAUCUACACUCGGACGAAAUUUGUGGAAAAGUUUUUCUCCUGAAGUACAGGAGAUCUUCACCCCGAUGCUCAGCUCCAGAUACAUUAUGUCUAACAGUGGCUCAGUGGAGUACCCACACCCAUUGUUCGGCACCAGUUACGCACAAAACUUCCGUGACUGGCUGGCAAACUGGACACUCGACCUUCUGGACAAGGUGAAGGAGGACAAGGCUCUCAAGGUGUUCAGGGCCUGCUCCCUGGUCUUCAAGAAUGACUCCAACUUGGCCUUGUUCCUCUUGCCACGAGUUCUUGUGUGUGUCCUCGCUGACACAGAUGCAGCUGGCAGGGAACAGGUAAUGACUGAAGUGCUGGCAGUCCUACAACAUUGUGAGCAGACAGACGACAAUUCUGGUCUGUUGCACCUUUGCUCCCAGACCAUCUUCUCCAUACUUGACUACCUAGCUGUGCGUGCCAAGAUGUUCCGAAGCUCUUCAGCUCCUGGGGCAUCAUCAGCAUCACCAGCAGCAGCAGUGCUUAGCGACGAGGAGGCACUCUUUGUGGCUCGUAUCCCACAAGACCUUCUGGCACGGGUGUCGUUCAACUGCCAGGCCUACACACGGGCACUGUUCCACCUUGAGUCAUAUCUCCAUGACCGCCCUGAGUGUGUGCAAGAGAAUCUGCAGUUGCUACAGAAAGUGUAUGUGGCGCUCGAUGAGCCUGAUGGAGUCGCCGGAGUGGCCGCAGUUCGUAACAGUCAACCAUCUUUGGAAGACCAAAUCAUUGAGCACCAGGCAAUGGGGAAGCUGCAAGAUGCUCUUGCGUGCUAUGAGCGAGCACUGCGACUGCCCACCUCUCAGGCAUCUCAUCAUCAGGGGCUGCUGAGUUGCCUGCUCUGCCUCGACCAACCGAGCACGGCCCUCACACAUGCGUCGGGCCUGCUGGCAGAGAGGAGCGACUGGCUGCCAGACAUAAUCGAGUAUCAAGCGGAAGCUGCCUGGAGGCUUUGCAGCUGGGACUUGCUUCAAAAGUUCUUGCAGACUCAGGAUUCAAUCCCGCAAGACUCUGGAAACAGCUGGAGCUCAUGGGGUGUGGCCACAGGUCGACUCCUUCUUUCUGCUUACAAUCUGGAUGAAAAGUCAUUCUUGGACAGCCUUGCUCAAGCACGCAGUCACCAGGCGAGCCCUCUUGCAGCAGCAGCCAUGGAGCAGGAGGCCUACCAGAGGGGCUACCGUUACGUUUCCAGGUUGCACAUUCUAACCGAAGUGGAGCAGGGCUUCCGUGUAUUACUUGACAUGGAACCUGGCAGCAGCCGUGAAGAAAAGCAGGCUCAACUUACAUCACUGCUUGAAGUCUGGAAAGCUCGAGAGGACCUUGUUCAGCGUUCACCACUGCUACUGGAACCUUUGUGGAAUGUGCGGCGUGCACUGCUCAGCAUCGCCAAAAAGAAGCACCAUGACCUGGAGGAUGUCCUGCAAACAGAACUCGCCAAGUGCUGGCUCAAAAGCGCCAAGCUGGCAAGAAAGAAUGGCCAUCUGCAGCAGGCUUACAGCUGCCUCUUGGAAACUGAUGGCUGUGAUCUGCCAGACAUCUUCCUGGAAAAGGCAAAGUGGCUCUGGGCAAAAGGAGAAAGGGAGCGUGCCCUUGCGCAACUUCAUCGUGGCAUUGAACGUCAUUUUCCUGGCUGUACUACGGAUAGUGGCAGCAGUGAUUCAUCUUCCACGCCUGAAGAACGCUUUGCAUGUGCAAAGGCACGCCUGCUGUUGGCACGGUACAGCGAAGAGUCUGCAGCUGUGGAAAGUACGCGACUGGCCUUCCUGUACAAGAGUGCAGCAAGAGCUUGCGCUACCUGGGAGGAUGGAUUAUUUCACUUUGCCAAAUACUGCGACACAAUGCUGCCCCUGAACGAGAAGCCAGAAAAGAAAGCAGAUACAAUGGUGCACGUGGUGCGGCACUAUGGGGAGUCGCUGCGUUAUGGCUGCCAGCACAUGUACCACUCCAUGCCGCGCAUGCUGUCCAUCUGGUUUGACCUGGGUUCUCAAGUUGCCGAGAUGAGCCGGGCGCGUCGUGUGCCUCCUGGACUUGAGAAGCUCGAGGGUUAUCUCAAGACCAUGACAGACAGGGCAUUGGGUACACUUCUGAACCAGCUGCCACCAUAUUUGUUCUUCACUGCAUUGCCACAGCUCAUCUCCAGGAUCUGCCACUCACACGAACGGGUGUCAGCAAUGUUGAAGGAGAUUAUAGCUCGCCUGCUCGCUACCUACGCACCACAGGCGGUAUGGAUGAUGAUUGCAGUAUCCAAGUCCUCGUACCCGAUGCGGGUGCAACGGUGUCAGCAGGUGUUUCAGCUGGCACGGCAGCAGAACCCAAAUCUGGCAAAGUUCCUGAGCGACACGCUAUCCCUCUGCGAGAAGUUGCUGGAGCUGUGCAACCGGCCUGUUGGCGAGACCAAUGUACUUCAAAUCUCAGUGCACGUCAAGGGCUUUCACGAGAUGCUGAAGGACCCUGGCUUCAGCCGCAUCCUACUGCCUUUGCAGUCAGCCACAUCAGUGUCACUCCCAACUGGUGGAACACCCAGGGACCACAAGCCAUUCCCCCAGACACCCGUCCACUUAGUUUCAAUCAAUGACCGGGUUGAUGUGCUCUCAUCACUUCAGAAGCCAAAAAAGAUCAGUGUGAAGGGCAGCGAUGGCAAAACUUAUGCCAUGAUGCUGAAGCCAAAGGAUGAUCUUCGCAAGGACUGCCGACUCAUGGAGUUCAACAACCUAAUGAAUCGCUACCUCAAGCAGAGUGCUGAAGGUCUCAGGCGCAGACUGCACAUACGCACUUACAAUGUGGUUCCUCUGAAUGAAGAAUGUGGGCUUAUUGAAUGGAUUCCAGACCUUCAGGGAUUCCGGUUCAUUCUAAACCGCAUCUACCGUGAAAAAGGCUUACUUGUCUCCAGCAAAGAGAUUAAAGAGAUAAUGCCCGAACUUGCCACCAGUGUUGAGAAGAAACUGGCCAUAUUCAAAGAAAAAUUUCUUCCUCGGUUUCCACCUGUUUUCGUUGAAUGGUUUCACAAGAACUUCCCAGACCCAACUGCCUGGUACACUGCAAGGCAGUCAUAUGCUCAAACAGUGGCCGUUAUGAGCAUUGUUGGCUUCAUCCUGGGUUUGGGGGACCGACAUGGCGAGAACAUCCUCUUUGAUGCUUCAUGUGGAGAUGCUGUGCAUGUCGACUUCAACUGUCUCUUCAACAAGGGUGAAACCUUUGAUUGGCCAGAGAAAGUUCCGUUCCGCCUGACUCACAACAUGGUAGAUGCCAUGGGUCCACUCGGAUAUGAAGGUGUCUUCAGGAAAGCAUGCGAAGUCACAUUACGGAUCAUGAGGAACGAGACAGAUGCAUUGAUGAGUGUGCUGAAACCAUUUGUACAUGACCCUCUUGUCGAGUGGAGCAAAGCCCCAAAAGGAGCUAGGAGCCAUCAGUCAGAGUCAGGAGAGAUCAUCAACGAAAAGGCCCUGGUCAACGUGAAUGGAAUUGAGCAGAGGCUAAAAGGUGUCUACAGGGGUCGCAACAAGCCUGCUGGACCACCUCUCUCUGUUGAGGGGCAAGUGGACAGCCUCAUUCAGGAAGCAACCAAUGAGGUCAACCUCUGCCAGAUGUACGUUGGCUGGGGCGCCUACCUCUGAUGGUUUUCUCCGUACUAGCUUAGUAUUUUUAGGAUCUUUCUGCCGAAGAGCUUGUGGAUCCUUUCAGCACUGUACGUACUUACAUGUGCUAGUAAUGUGCAUUCCUCAGUAUCUAUUUCUUUAAUAAUUGAGGAAGAAGUGGCUUGUGUACUUUUAUCUCAUAAUUUAUUUCAUGUCCAUCACUGUUUCUUGUUCCUACACACUUCCCUUGCAGCUAAUCUAUCUGAACACAUCUGCUUUGAUUCUGUGAUCUGUUUGUUAUGUUGGUCACUAGUACUGUAUUGUCGACAAUUAAGAGUGCUGCAUUUUAUGCUACUUAGAUGUAUUUAUUGGACUACUUGAAAGUGUUGUGCUACAUUAACAAAUAUUAUUACAUGCUUUUAAAAUACAGAACAGAAUUUCUGUGCUGAGGGGCCUUGAUCAAGUUGAAUGUUUAUCUUGAAAGCCAAAUGAACAACCGAGGACAUUUGUUGCAUACAAACUUUAUUGCUUGUUGAGUAAAAUGUGCCUUUCUCUGUUGAUACAACUAUUCAAUUUCAUGAACUAUCGCUCACAAUUUGCUGCGCUUUCCUUGUGCAUACAUCAACGUCCUCCUUGCAUGCAUUUUAUUGUAGUGAUUAUGAUGGGGCAACAGCAAAUUUAUGCAGUGUUCAUAGGUGUGUGUAAAAUGCUUAUCCAGGAAAGGCCUUGUACCAGUUGUUCAAACUAAAUGUUGCCAAGUAAAAAGGACAGAGGUCAUUAUGAGAAUUGUGCCCGGUGUACGUUGAUAGAUGUUGUUCAUGCUAGGCACGAGUGUCUUAAAG